AUGGACCUCAAGGUCACACGAUGGGACAUUGCUCUGGACUUUUACAAGGCAUUCAACGGCUUUCGCAACGAUACAAUCAUCAACGUGGGCGAGACUGGAUUGCAAUUGGGCACAAACUUUCAUAUUUUUUGA